AUUUUCAUCCUUUGUCCUAAGGCAGGCAGGUGCUAGUGUGAUAAGAGGUAGUGAUUCAACCAGCUGGAGCAGAGACAGUUCAACCUCACCUCUAGCAUGAUGCUGUUUUACAAGACCUUGUAGCAGGAACCCAUGUGUCUGUUAGUGCCCCGCGUUUAUUGGCCAUCUUUCGGAGGCCGGUUUCUCUGGCUUCCUAGGCUGUGGACUACAUUUCCCAGGAGCCAUCACACCCGUGGCUAUUGCAUGUCCAAAGAUGGCAGGGGGCAUCGUUUGCAUAGCUGAGAAAGAGCAGUAUGUAGGCCAUCUCAGUGUUGCCUGAAAUUUCUGAAGCUCUCGUGAACAGUUGUUAGCGUUGUGUGAGGGAUGUUCUCUACCGAUGGGAGUAAUGGAGUUUAAAGCUAGGGCCUGUAAAUUGAUAGUUGUGGUCUAGUCUUUUGUUGACGAUCAUACAGCGUUGGACUACAUUUCCCAGAGUGCACUGUUAACAAGCAACUUCCUGGAGUUCCGACCCAGCUGGCUUCAGACCCGAAUCCCUAGGGACGUCCAGGAUGUGUGGGGCAUAGUGUCAGUUUAAGGCCUGGAAUCAGAAUGUCCUUGGAAAUCGAGUUCAGGGGUGUAGGGCUUUCCUACGAAGCGCGAAGUUCUGAAGAGGAUGUGCCGUUCCGGGCUGGCAGAGUUGGGGAGUUGGCGUCAUAACGAUAGGAAUCAAGAAGAGGACUGGUCACAUUCACAAGUUUUCAAUCAUGGCCCAUGUAAUGACGUUCAGCGAUGUGGCUGUAGAUUUCUCUCCAGAAGAAUGGGAGUGUCUAAACCUGGAACAGAGGCAUUUAUACAGAGAUGUGAUGUUGGAGAACUACAACCACCUUGUCUCAGUAGGACUUUGCAUUUAUCAACCACGUGUGCUCCCUGUGUUGGAAAAAGAGCAGGAUGCCUGCGUGGAUUUGGGCAGUGAGACCGGAGGAUUUUGCCCAGAUAUAGAUUCUGUGUGGCAGAUGAAGGUCCUACCAAAAACUAGCGCGUGUGCAAGACAGUUAUCCCAGUGGGAAGUAAUGGAAACUGAUCCAAACCACAGCCUUGAAGGUUCGUGUCCUAGAGCUGAUUGGGAAGGCAAAGGUCAGCUUCCAACACAAAAGGAGAAUCAAGAGGAAUGCUUUAAGCAAAUGACACUUACCUACGAAAAAUUGCCCUUUUUCAAUCAGCUCACAGCUUUUAAUCAGUGUCCAAGACUGAAUAUAGACGCGAAAACAAAUAAAUUUAAAUCUGAAAAAUCCUUUAGUUUUGCCUCAGACCCCACUCAACUUCAGUUAAUUCACAUGGGUGAGAAACUCGAGGAAGAUAAAAAAUGUGGGAAAACCUUUCCUCCUGGUUCUAAACUUACUCGGUAUCGUGCAGUUCACACCGGAAAGAAAACAUUUCAGUGUGAAGAAUGUGGCAAGGCUUUUAGUUUUCGGUCUAGUCUUACUGGUCACAAGAGAAUUCACACUGGGGAAAAGCCUUUUAAAUGUAAGGAAUGUGGGAAAGCCUUUAGAUUUCAUUCACUGCUCAGUGUCCACGUUCGGAUUCAUACUGGUGAGAAAUCUUACGAAUGUAAGGAAUGUGGAAAGUACUUUAAUUACAGCUCAGACCUUACUCGACAUCACAGGAUUCAUACUGGUGAGAAGCCCUAUCAGUGUAGGGAAUGUGGAAAGGGUUUCAGUUGCGGCUCAGACCUCACUCGCCAUGAGAGAAUUCACACUGGUGAAAAACCCUAUGAAUGUAAUGAGUGUGGAAAGGCUUUUAUUCAGCAGUCACAUCUCAUUAAACAUCAGAGAAUCCACACUGGUGAAAAACCUUACGUAUGCAAGGAGUGUGGGAAAGCUUUCACAUGUGGGUCACAAUUAAGUCAACAUAGGAAAAUUCAUACUGGUGAUAAGUUGCAUAAAUGUAAAGAAUGUAAAAACUCUUUUAGUUUUGCCUUAGAUCAUACUCAACGACAGUUAAUUUACAUUGGUGAGAAGUUCUUUGAAGAUAAGGAAAAUGGGAAGACGUUUUUUCCAGAUUCAGAACUUACUCAGUACCAGACAGUUCACACUGGUAAGAAAAUAUACGAAUGUAAAGAGUGUGGCAAGGCUUUUAGUUUGCGCUCCAUUGUCAGCAGUCUUAAGAAAAUUCAUAACAGGGAGAAACUUUUUAAAUGCAAGGACUGUGAGAAGGCCUUUCGUUGUCCCUCAGAUCUCGCUCGCCAUCAGAAGAUUCACACUGGUGAAAAGCCCUAUAAGUGUAAGGAAUGCGGAAAGGGAUUUAUUUGCAGAUCAGACCUUGGCCGGCAUCAGAGAGUUCACACCGGUGUAAAGCCUUAUGUAUGUAAGGAGUGUGGAAAAGCUUUCACUCGCGGUGCACACCUAACUCAACAUCAGAAAAGUCAUAGUAAGAAAUCACAUGAAUUCAAUGGGGGUGACAAGGACUUCAGUUCUGGUUUAGAACAUCCUCAGCAUUCUUUAAUUCAUACUGGUGAGAAAUUCUGGCAAGAUAAGGAAUAUGCAGAGACCAUUGUUUGUGGUUCAGAACUUACUCAAUUUCAACCUGGCGAGACAACCAAUGAAUAUAAAGAGAAUGACAAGGACUUCAGUUGGCAUUCAAGUGACACAGAUCUUAAGACAGUUCAUAUUAGGGAGAAACGUUUUCAGUGUAAGGAAUGCCCAAAGGCCUUUAGAUACAGUUCAGAACUUACUCGACAUCAGAGACUACAUACCGGUGAGAAGCCCUAUAAAUGUCAGGAAUGCUGGAAAGCAUUUGCUUCUGCCUCAGACCUUGCUCGGCAUCAGCGGAUUCACACUGGUGAGAGGCCCUAUGAAUGUAAUGAGUGUGGGAAAGCCUUUAUUCAGCAGUCACACCUCAUUAAACAUCAGAGAAUUCACAGUGUCGAACAGUCCAAGGAUGUAAUGAAUGUAGAAAAGCCUUCAGCAGGCAGUCAGAUGUUAUUAAAUAUGAGAGGGUUCACGCUGAUAAACAAUCUUAUCAAUGUAAGGAGUGUUGGAAAGAUUCUACUCAUGGCUCAGCUCAAUCAGUUUCAGAAGAUUUAUAAUGAUGAGAAAUCAAGUUAAGGCAGAACACUUGGAAAAGCCUAUUUUUGUGUCUCAAAUCUUACCCAGCAUUAGAAUGUCUACAUUGGUAGGAAAUCUAUGACUGAGAUUUGGGAAAGCCUUCAUCUGUAACUCAAGCCACUAUCUGUGUGAAGAUAUGUCACUGUGAUUGGUUUAAUAAAAAGCUAAAUAGCCAAUAGCUAGGCAGGAUUUUCGAGGUAGAAAGAAUGCUGGGAAGAAGAAGGGUGGAGUCCAGCCAGAUGGAAAGCAAGCAGGAUGGCCUCUACGGAGAUGAGGUAAUAAAGUCAUGAGGCAGAAAGUAGAUUAAAAGAUAGGGGUUAAUUUAAGUUAUAAGAGCUAGUUAGAAACAAGCCUAAGCUAUCAACUGAGCUUUCAUAAUUAAUAAUAAGUCUCUAUGUUGUGAUUUGGGAGCUGGCUGGUGGGACAGAAGACUCGCUACAUUAUCCAUGUUAGUCUACGGUAGUAGAAACCCUACAAGUGUAAGCAAUGUGAAGACUUUCCUGGGUUCAUAUCUUGGUCAAAGUGAGAAUAUUCAUGAGAGGAAACUGGAUAUAAGGACAUGGGAAGACCUUUCUUCAUGGUUCAGAAUUUAAUAGACAUCUGUAAAUUCUUGGCUAAGAAAACUGUGAAUUCAAGGAUUGUGGAAACACUUACUCAUUAUUCCAAAUUUAACUGAUAGAAAGUACAUACUCAAAAGAGACAUAAAGAAUGUGGAAAUGCCUUUCAGAUUCAUAACUUUAGGAGUGUGUACAGGCAAGGAACCUCAGAUAUCCAAGGAAUGUGGAAAAUCUUUUAUUUUGGACUCAUCUCUCAUAUGAUAGGAAAUUCAUACUGAUGCAGAGCCCAUAAAUGUUAAGAAAAGUGAUUUAGUCAUUAUAUAAAGUUGGGUCAGCAACUGGACAUUUAUACUUUUUUGUGUGGUGUGAAACCCAGAGCUUGUGCGUGCUACACAGGUGCUCUUGUUUCUCAGCUGCAUCCCGAGCCCUCACUUGUGAGGAAACUUACUAAAACAACAUUUUUCCAAGAGCAUACUUUUUUCACUACUAUGAUAUCAUGUGACACAAAACCAAGAAAGGCUAAUUUAUUUCUAACUCAUUAAGAUAAUUCCUUUUCAAAUACCCCUUAAAUGUAAUACUAGUAGACCUUUUGGCAAAGUAAUAUGUCUGCCAUCCAAAGUCAUGAUAUAAUCUAUGUUAAUUUAGGAAAGACUUUACUGGUGGGCUAUUUAUGUACUGUGAUGAUGCCUCACAAGAGAAGUGGCAUAUAGCUCUAUUUUAGAGUAUUUGCAGUGAAAUGUAAAUGUGUAAAAUAUUUGAGACAUGAUUUUUAUAUGUGGAUCAUUUAUUUUCUAGGAAAACUUAGAAGUGCUUGUUUUGUUUUGUUUUGUUUAAAUACAACAUAUCAAGUCCAAAAAAUUUUUUAAAAAUCAGAAUUGCAUUUAAAAAGUUCUAUGAGGGCCUGGAGAUGUAGCUCAGUUGGUAGUGUUUGCCUUGCAUGCAUGAAGCCCUGGGUCUGUUCUCCAGCACUGCACAACCAAGCACCAUGCCAUAUGCCUGAGAUUGUGAUACUCAGAGGUAGAGACAAGAGGGUCAGAAGUUCAGGGUCAUGCUUGGAGUGUGUAGUGAAUUCAAAGCCAGCCAGGAAUUCAUGAGACUGUGUCUCAAAGGACAAAGAAAAUCAUGUGUGACUAAGGUUACAGGAGAUAUAAUAUAUUUUAUAUAUAUAAUAUAUAUGUAUAUAUACUGUGGAAGAAAAGUUAAUACUGUGGAAAAUCUGUAGGCUUAUUUAGCAUAAUUCUUACAUUUGAAAAGUUUCAGUUGUAAAGGUAAAUGAAAAUUACAAAAGAGGCGGCCCUGACAUUUAAAGGGAAAGGUGAUGCUGGCUCCUUUUUAGGCAUUUUUUGUGGGUGGAUUACAAUUCUGAAUGAUGCAAAUGUAUGUUUAGUUCAGUACUGAGUAUUGUCCAAGUGCAGUUCUUGGUACCAUUUAAUAUUACAUGUUAAGCAAUGGUGAGUAAAUACACAUAUUUAGAACAUUGAAGAGCAGUUCAUGUGCAUGUUUUUCUGAAAUGAUUGUCAUUUAUGAACUUUACAACUUGGGAUAAUUUUGUCAUAUCUUUACUAUAAUAAAGCUAUAUUCAUUCAUGCUGA